AGUGACAAGUCGCGAGUGAAAGCAUCGAUUCCUUCUUCACUCUGCGUUACCCCCUCGGAGUGAAAAAAUGGAUCGGAGCUCUUUCUCCACCGGAACCCGAAAAUCCCGACCAAAUUCCGACAUAUACUCAACCUUCGUCGUCCAUGACGACGGCGAAGACGACGGAGAAUCCUACCGCCGGCGGAAAUCCGGCGGCGCGCAACCGAAGGAAGAUCUCUACGCUACAAUGGUCUACAAAGACAACGGCCACGACGACGACGACGAUGAAUACUCCUCUCUCCCUCCGCUCCUCAAGCGCCUCCCCAAGGACUUCGGCGGCGGGGCGUCGAUGGACUACGACGAAGACGACGACGACGGCGCCGGUGAUUUCGGCACCAUGAUCGUGAAGAGCGACCGGAGCCGGCCGCGAGAUCGGCCUUCUUCCGGUUUGGCUUCGCCGACGGGGACUUGGAAGGCUCGGAGCUCGGCUCAGGCGAGUGCUCUGAACAGAUUCGGUGGCGGCGACGAGGACGACGAGGACGACGGCGGAGGAUUCUCAACGUUCGUCGUGAAGCCCGUCGAGAGAGAGUCGGUGAGCGGAACCAUGGUGCGACGGACCGGUGGAGGAGGAGGAGGCGGCGGCGGCGGCAUCGGUUCGACGAUGGAGAGAGCGGUGGCAAGCAUGCAAGGGAUGGGAGAUUUUGGAUUAGGAAAGCAGAAGAAAGGGAGUGGAUCCUCGCAGAACGAUGAGGGAAGGCAUCAUUCAAUAGCGAAGGUUUCGUCGAGUUCGAUCCCUGAAAGUGUUACCAGAGAGGACCCUACGAUUAAAUACGAAUUGCUCAAUGAACUUGGGAAGGGGUCCUAUGGAGCUGUUUACAAAGCAAGGGAUUUGAGAACCUCGGAGAUGGUUGCUAUUAAAGUAAUAUCGUUAUCUGAAGGGGAGGAGGGGUAUGAGGAAAUCCGUGGUGAGAUUGAAAUGUUACAACAAUGUAAUCAUCCAAAUGUUGUCCGUUAUCUUGGAAGCUAUCAAGGAGAAGAGUAUCUUUGGAUAGUGAUGGAAUACUGUGGUGGUGGUAGUGUUGCUGAUCUGAUGAGUGUGACUGAUGAAGCACUGGAUGAGGGUCAAAUAGCAUAUAUCUGUAGAGAAGCACUGAAGGGUCUUGAUUAUUUGCACUCAAUUUUUAAAGUCCAUAGAGACAUUAAAGGUGGGAAUAUCUUAUUAACUGAACAAGGAGAUGUCAAGCUAGGGGAUUUUGGUGUUGCUGCGCAGCUGACAAGGACUAUGUCAAAGCGCAAUACGUUCAUUGGAACCCCUCACUGGAUGGCUCCGGAAGUUAUUCAAGAAAGUCGCUACGAUGGAAAGGUAGAUGUUUGGGCUCUUGGUGUGUCUGCUAUUGAAAUGGCUGAGGGUGUUCCUCCAAGAUCAGAUGUACAUCCAAUGAGGGUUUUAUUCAUGAUAUCAAUUGAACCAGCUCCAAUGCUUGAGGAUAAAGAAAAAUGGUCUCUAUAUUUCCAUGAUUUUGUUGCAAAGUGCCUAACAAAAGAACCUCGUCUCCGCCCUACAGCAUCUGAGAUGUUGAAGCACAAAUUCUUUGAAAAGUGGAAAAGUGGAUCUGCUGCAAUGUUGCCAAAACUGGAAAAGGCAAGGCAAAUCAGGGCUUCAAUGGCUUUGCAGGCCCAAACUCUUGCACCAGCAGCAUCAGAAGAUCAGUUAGCUUCAAAUUUAAACGAUGAAUAUGAAAAUACUAUUCCAUCCGGAUCUCAUAACGUUGGUGUUGAGGGAGCUGCUAAUCUCUCAUCACAUGGCACUGUAAGGAAGCUACAUAAGGUAGAAGAUGUAGACACGAAUGAAGGCAACUUUGGCACUUUUAUAGUCCAUGGAGAUGAAUUAAAUCAGACCACACAGGAUGCAGAUUCUGCAGUUUCCACUUCUGCUCUGACCAGUGGCACAGGAGGCAGAUUGGCCGACUCUAGGAUUGAAAGUCAGAAAGUUGGUCUUCUGAACACCGUCUCUUUUAGAGAACCUAGUGCUGCGACCAAUACCAUUCAAUCAUCUUUACCUUAUGUUAGUAAUUUAACUGAGCAGACCCUCAAAAAAGGUAGUCAUCGAGCACAAGCUGGAAUUGGUAAUGAUAUAAACAAUAGCUUAUUCAAGGGUGAAACAGUCAGCCGUAAAGCAUUUGCUUUACAAGAUAAGCUUUGGUCCAUUUAUGCUGCUGGUAACACAGUGCCCAUCCCAUUCUUAAGGGCAACAGAUAUAUCACCUAUUGCUCUCCUGUCAGACAAUGUACUUGGUGUCAUGCAACAGGAUACCAGUGGAGCUGGAACAGUGGAAGCAUUGCAAGAGCUUUUUAGCGGCGAUGGACAAUCCAAAAAGGGCCGGAGAGGACUAAAUGAGCAGAUGCCUCUUCCUCCAAGCAUUUACCAAAGAUUGACGUCGAGUUCUACUCUAAUGAAUUUGGCACAGGCUUUAGCUUACCAUAAGAUGUGUUACGAAGAUAUGCCACUUCAGGAGCUGCAAGCAACCCAGGAGCAGCGAACUAUUCAAAAUCUCUCCGACACACUUAGAACCAUUCUUCGGUUGUAGUUAGGCAGGUAUGUCCUAUUGCGUCUAUUUUUAACCCCCGACCUUUAUUGGCUGCAAAGAUCACAAAACCAUUUUUCGUUUCUCGUGUCAGAGAAGCAGUAGCCAUCUUUUAUUUAUUAUAUAUUUUUAGGUGUAUGGUUCUGUAACUAGUAGUUUUGAUGGUUUCUUUCACUCUUAACCCUAGAAGAAUAGGGUUUAGUAAGCUGUCACAUAUUUGUAUGUAAAUAGUGUAUGCACGUCUUUCAACUAAUGUUGCAUUUGCGCACGUAGUAGUCACUAGUGGGAUUUUUAAAGUAAUGCAAGAAAUUUGUCAACCGUAUUGCAAUCA